GACUCUUUUGCCUCCGGUCUUCCGGUCUUUCGAUUGUUCGAUGGUUAAAAAUCUUUCAGCGUUUGCUUUUGCCCAGUCCUUCGUUCUGCUGGCUUUCAUUCUUCUUUCUUUCUCAAUCUUUACCUCUUCCAUCGUUUGACCUUCACACUCUCAUUCGCUGGAGUCUAGGCAUGUCGAAUUCAUUCCGUCCACGAUUCACGGAAACUUGAAUCGUUCUACCCACCGGAAUCUCCUCGAGAUGCAGCUCUCAUUAUUCCUCAUUCUAUCAUGGACUGCCAGCGUCGUGUGUUGGCCCUACGAUGAGUCGCUCGUUGACUACAACCUGAACGAGAAUCGAUCGGCAGAGUCGCCGAUCGAUUACUGGGGCGAAUGGCCCGAUCAUGACUAUCACCCGUCCCCGGAGAACUGGCGGUUCCCCGUGUAUACGAUCUUUUUGGACCGCAUCGCCAACGGCGAUCCCACAAACGAUGAUAUCAACGGCACCUCCUACGAACAUGUGAUCAACUCGAACCAGAUGCGCCAUGGUGGUGACUUGCUGGGUUUGGUCGAUACACUGGAUUAUAUCAGGGGCAUGGGAUUCAAGGCCAUCUAUUUUGCUGGGACGGGAUUGAUGAACCUUCCCUGGGCGUAUGAUGGCUACUCGCCCACUGAUACGACACUGCUUGACAUGCAUCUCGGGACGUUGUCGGAUUGGAGACGCACUGUGUCUGAGAUCCACGACCGGGACAUGUACGUGAUUAUGGACAAUACGCUGGCAACCCUGAGCAACCUGAUCGGCUUCAAGGGCCACCUCAACGAUUCCGCCGAUUUCAACCCCCGGGAAUACGAGGCGCAAUACAUCACUGAGAGAGAGUAUGCGGAUUUCAAAUUCGGAAACGAUUACAAUGAAACAUGCAACUAUCCCGGAUUCUGGAACGAAGAUGGUUAUCCGCUCACCACUGAUGGCGUACAGGACCUGAAAGGCUGCUAUAACAGUGAUUUCGACCAGUAUGGUGAAAUCGAGGCCUUUGGCAACUUUCCCGAUUGGCAGCGUCAAUUGACCAAAUUCGCCUCGGUGCAGGAUCGGCUGCGAGAAUGGCAUAAGCCGGUUCGCGAUGUCAUCAUCCAGCAUUCAUGUAUCCAGAUUGCGAGUUUGGAUAUUGACGGGUUCCGCUUUGACAAGUCUGUUCAAGCGACCGUUGAGCCGCUGAGUGAGAUGCUGGCUGCAUACCGUGACUGCGCGAAGCAGUACGGCAAGGACAACUUCUUUCUGCCCGGAGAGAUUACCUCUGGGAAUGAUUUUGGCAGUAUCUAUCUCGGCCGUGGUCGCCAGCCAGACCAGCGUCCGAAAGAUGCAGGCACUGCUGUCAAAUUGAGCAAUACGUCCGACUCCAAUUUCCUCAGAGACGAGGGGUAUGAAGCGUUGGAUGCGUCUGCGUUUCACUAUACGAUCUACCGUUCCAUGACCCGGUUCCUGGGCAUGGAUGGUAACUUGGUUGCUGGGUUUGACUUGCCGACUGACUUUAUCGAAGCGUGGAACCAGAUGUUGGUCACCAACGAUAUGCUCAAUGCGUUUACUGGUGAACUGGACCCAAGACACAUGUAUGGUGUCUCCAACCAGGAUAACUUCCGCUGGCCGGCUGUGAAAAACGGCACCCAGAAAUAUUUGUUGGGUCUAUACAUUGUCACGCUGGAACUUCCUGGCAUUCCGCUGAUUCUCUGGGGAGAGGAACAGGCCAUGUAUGUAUUCGACGCCACAGCCUCGAAUUACCUGUUUGGUCGACAGCCCAUGACCUACCAGACGGCAUGGUGGAUGCAUGGCUGCUUCAAUCUCAACACCUCGAAGUUCUACGACUUUCCCAACGACAAAGGCCUGAACGGAUGCAACGAUAUUACCGUCACGUAUGAUCAGCGGAACCCUGCGCACCCACUGCGCAACAUCAUGAAGCGGAUGUUUGAGAUCCGAGACCAAUAUCCUGUCGCCAAUGAUGGCUUCUAUCUGGAGACCAUUUCCCAGCUGACCAAGGAUGUUUAUCUGCCUGGUUCAUCGGUCACUCCCACCGUUACUGGUCUGUGGUCCGUCAAGCGAACCUAUUUCCCUGGUGUGCAGAAAGGCAACGGGACACUCUGGCUCGUGUAUCACAAUGGCAACCAAACCAAGACAUACGGCGGCAGCUGCAGCAAGACGAAUGGCUCCUUGCUGGCCCCUUUCAAAUCAUCCACGAAGCUGAAGAAUGUUUUCUAUCCGUACGAUGAGCUCACGCUGGGGGAAGGCCCGGACGACCAAAACAGCACGACCUACGGUUGCGUGAAGAACAUGACGCUCUAUCCAUGGGAAUACCGGGCAUACGUCGAGGCCGACAGCUUUGUUGAGCCUGGUCCAACGGUGACGGAUUUUACUCCCGGCCAUGACACGCGCUUGCUGUCAGCGGAAGACACCAAGCAAACUAUAGAUAUUUCGCUAGGCUACUCCAAAGAGAUGGAUUGCGAUGGUGUUACGAAAGCAAUCUCCCUCAACUCCACGACAAUCAAGGGCGUAACCGCUUCUCUGGACACCUCCAGCGUCAACUGCACCAAGGUCACCGCACGCACAAGCAGCCAUAACUAUGUCGGCGAGAUCCCCACCGUGUGGACGUGGUCCGCCAAGCUGAACAAUGUCUAUCAUGGAAUCCAUCAGGUGAACGUCAAGAACGUGACCUCCCUCGCUGGCGUCCACACCGAUGCUGUCGACCGGUUCUUGUUCAGAGUCGGUACACCAACCAACCCGCUUAUCUCUCCCCUCGCCAACUAUACGACAAGCCUGGUGCACAAAUCCGAUAAGGAUGAGAUCUUCGUGAGCCACGAGGCGACCGGAGCGGACAGCUUCCGAUACUCGACGGAUUUCGGCCGCAGCUGGUCCAACUGGACGACAUAUGACGGGAGCAACACGACGAUCGAUUUCCCCGCCUGGAAGGGCACCAAAGCCCAGAAAUGGAAAGGAACACAUGUGCGGGUGCAGUAUUUCUCGAGACUCACUGGCAGCAGUGACUACAUCCAGGAGGGUGAUUACGACUGGGAAGACGGGGAUUCAUCGCGACGAUUCCCGCAUCUGUGGUGGAACGGCCCGUAUAAUCAAUACGGUUAUGAUGCUGGGCUGGAUGCCAACAUGCGGUAUGACACCAACACGCAACGGUGGAUGUACGAUUUCGUCUAUGAGUGGCCGUCAGUUGGACAGGUCAGUGUUUGGGGAACAGGAAGUGAUGGAGUCCCAGACGACACCGAGGUCUAUGGAGAUGUGGGCAACUCGUCUGUGCUGCUGAAGCUGGCUCCGUCGUAUCUCUCGUCUAAUGUCAUCAAUAUCACCGAUCCUCCUCCAUUCCCGCAUCUUGGUUGGACGAUCUCGCUCAAUGACGGCAACAUGAGAUAUGAAAUGAUUCCCGUCGGGUCGGGAUGGGCUCAACUGGUGCUUUUUGUUCUUCUCUGGGUUGUCCCCAUCUUGAUGGGAUUGGCUGGUGUUUUCAUCUUCAUUCGAUCCUUCUACCGCGUGAAACACAACACGGACGGGAAUGUGGUCAAGGAAGACAAGCUGCCCCUACUGGUCUGGCGUAAGGUCAAGGGGCAGUUCACCAGGGAAGACGAUUCGGACGGGGCAUCUGAGGUGACCGUGAGCCCUGGCAUGGCCAUCGCCGGGGCCGCUGAACAACGACGCACCGUUCUCAUCGCCACGAUGGAAUACGAUAUCCAAGACUGGGCGCUCAAGGUCAAGAUUGGUGGUCUCGGAGUCAUGGCGCAAUUGAUGUCUCAAAAUCUCAAGCAUCAGAACCUCAUUUGGGUCGUGCCCUGCGUGGGUGAUAUUGAUUACCCCGAGGAUACACCCACUGAACCUUUCGUAGUCAGCAUCUUGGACAAGCCAUACCUGGUCAACGUGCAGUAUCACCAGGUUGAUAAUAUCACUUACGUCCUUCUCGAUGCCCCUGUUUUCAGACAGCAAACCAAAGCAGAGCCGUAUCCCCCGAGGAUGGACGAUCUCGACAGUGCCAUCUACUACUCCGCAUGGAACCAAUGUAUCGCGGAGACCAUGAAGCGUUUCCCGGACAUCAACCUCUACCACAUCAAUGACUUCCACGGUUGCUUGGCGCCGCUUUACCUGCUUCCGCAGCGAACCAUUCCCGUCUGUCUGUCUUUGCACAAUGCAGAAUUCCAGGGUCUCUGGCCCUUGCGAACCCAGCAGGAGAAGAAGGAGGUGUGUUCGGUCUUCAACCUGACCCCCGAAGUCGCUACGAAAUACUGUCAAUUUGGAACUGUUCUCAACCUCCUCCACACUGGUGCGAGUUACUUGCGCUUCCAUCAACGCGGCUUCGGUGCAGUGGGUGUGUCGAAGAAGUAUGGCAAGCGCUCAUGGGCGCGGUACCCGAUCUUCUGGAGUCUGGACAAGAUUGGCAGUCUUCCCAACCCCGAUCCCACCGACACGGCAGCUUUGGAGAACGACCCGAACAUGCAGGUUCCUGUUCAGUCUUUAGAAGAGCGAGUUAAUGAAAAGCUGCAGGCACAGAGAUGGGCUGGUCUCAAUGAGGACCGCGACGCAGACUUGUUGGUCUUUGUCGGGCGAUGGUCGAAGCAAAAGGGCGUGGAUUUGAUUGCGGAUGUCAUGCCGGCCGUCCUCUCCGCCAGACCUCAUGUGCAGUUGAUCUGUGUUGGCCCUAUCAUUGACCUUUAUGGUAAACUGGCUGCGAUUAAGCUGGAGCGUAUCAUGGCCAUGUUCCCUGGCCGCGUGUGCUCUAAGCCAGCGUUCACGAUUCUCCCACAGUACGUAUUCUCUGGAGCCGACUUCGCUCUCAUCCCAUCCAGAGAUGAGCCAUUCGGUUUGAUUGCCGUUGAGUUCGGCCGCAAAGGCGCACUGGGAAUUGGGUCUCGCAUUGGAGGUCUGGGCCAGAUGCCUGGCUGGUGGUAUACUGUAGAAUCCGAUGCGACGCGCCAUCUGCUGCACCAGCUGCGAACCGCCAUCAAAUCCGCGCUGGACUCGUCCGCAGAAACGCGUGCGGACAUGCGAGCCAAUUCAGCCAAACAGCGAUUCCCCGUGCUGGAAUGGACGCAGAAGCUGGAAACCUUGCAACGAACGGCGAUUCACAUCCAUCAUACGAAGAAUAAGAACACCGUGGGUGCCCCGGCCCCAGAGCCCCAGAGCUACUGGGAAACGCAGCACGUUCGACACUCGUCGCUGAACUUGCCUGGAGUGUCGCGUUCUGGAGCGGACAGCCCGAGUCUUCGACAAUCGACCAUCAUGCAGCACACUCAGUCGCGUCUUCAAGAAAUACAGGCAGCUGAAGGAAACCGGAACAGCAGUCUGAACAGAAAACUGUCUCUGGGUCGACGAUCUGGUCCGGGUCGGAGGCGAAACCGUUUGAGCAAGGCGCCGCCCCUUCCGGCUGGGGGGCAGAUAGUGGACGACACCACCGAUGCUGAAGAUGACGAUAACGGCGGGCAGGAAGACUACAUCACCCCCGAGGAGGCGAUGAGGGCUGUCAACACACUCGGCUCGCACGAUGCUAGCGGCUCGCAGGAUAUCAGUGACUCUCAAGGACACAGCACGCGAGAGUCGUACCUUUCUGUACCGGGUUCACCGUCUCGAUCUUCGUCUCCAGGGCAGCUCACGCCCCCCGAAUUUCCAUGGGGCGCUCACUCGCGAAAUAUCUCUGUUCUCUCGUUGCCUUCGGUCGUGGCGGAUCACAAUCAGCCUGUCUUCGAGCUGCAAAAGGUCGACCCGACCUUCACAGACAGCAUGGGUCACUUCACCAAGCGCUUCGAAAAGCUCUUGGACAAUCUCAACAAGAAGAAUUCCAUCACUGAUUACAGUAUCGAGACCUAUUUGAUGAAGAGCGAGCGCAAGUUCUACGACAUGUACACGGAUGUGCAGUUGAAGAAACGGCCCGAGUCUCAAGCAUCCCCCUCGCCCACUUCGGACGCCUUCCCUGGCGAUGCACAAGAGACCAGCGGGGGUUCCGGCUCCAAUGACCCGGAUGAAAUCGACCUGUGGCUUUCUCGUCUGGGGUACAGACGGCCGAUGUUCAUCGAGCGAUUCAUGCGACGGAGGAUUGGCACUUGGCCCGUUUACGCCCUGUUCCUGGGUCUGGGUCAGAUCAUCGCCACCAACUCUGCUCAGAUUACGCUCUUGGUCGGCCAGGUAGGUGAGACCGCAACCAAGGUGUACGUGAUUGCGGCCAUCUAUUGUCUCUCGUCGAUUGCGUGGUGGUUCAUGUACUACCGGUUCCCGUCGGUAUUCGUCCUCUCCAUCCCCUGGUUCAUCUACGCCAUGGCGUUUGUCAUCAUCGGUGUGUCGCCAUUUGGCUUGAACUCUCUUGGCCGGGCAUGGGCUCAGAAUGUGGCUGCAGGCGUCUACGCCGUCGCCUCCUCGAGUGGCUCUUUGUUUUUCGCUCUCAACUUCGGCGACCAGGGUGCCGUUCCCGUGAAGGAUUGGAUGAUCCGGACUAGUCUCAUUCAAGGACUCUCGCAGAUCUACACCGUUGCUCUCUGGUACUGGAGCUCAAAGGUCACCGCCGCGGAAGUUGGCGGCGUGUCGGUCCUGGCAUUGAACACAUGGCGACUCACUGCGGUGGCCAUGCCCAUUGCAUUUGUGUGCUUUGUGAUCGGCGUGAUUCUUGCCCUUGGUCUGCCGAAAUUCUAUCGCCAAUCCCCCAGUCGGAUCCUCUUCUUCUACACCUCCCUCUUCCGCCGACGAAUCGUCCUCUGGUUCUUCUUCCUGGUCAUCAUCCAGAACUGGUUCCUGGCCGCGACAUUUGGUCGCAAUUGGUCUUUCCUGUGGUCUUCCCAUCACGCAAAGACCUGGCAGAUUGUCAUCUGCGUCGUCGGCUUCUUCAUCGUCCUCUGGGUGUUAAUCCUUCUUGCCUUCCGCGCUCUCUCCAAGGAGCACAGCUGGUUCAUCCCCGUGUUUGGACUGUCUCUCGGUGCUCCCAAGUGGGCGCAGACAUGGUGGGGGACGUCCAACAUCGGCUACUACCUCCCUUGGGCAGGCAGUCUGGUGUCCGGCUCGAUCUUGUCUCGCUGUCUCUGGCUGUGGCUGGGCGUCCUCGAUGAGAUCCAGCAGGUCGGUCUGGGUAUGAUUCUUCUGCAAACCCUCACCCGAGUGCACGUUUGUUUCGUUCUCCUGGCCGCGCAGGCCCUCGGAUCGAUCGCCACCAUGUGUGCGCGUGGAUUCGCUCCAAAUAAGAUCGGUCCUGCUGGCAUCUCUCCGAACGUGGGUACGUCGGUAGAUAAAGUCGGCAAUGCCUGGUUCUGGAUUUGCCUUUUCUUCCAGCUGCUUGCUAGCUUUGGGUUCCUGCUCUUCUACCGCCGCGAACAACUCAAUAGGCCUUGAGCCAUUCAACCAUAUAGAUUGUUAUAUAAUAUUUUUCUUUUUAACACGGCAUCUUGAGCGAUUUUGGAUACUGGCAUCUACUUGGUAUAUAUUGCUAUUCGUUAAUGAUGUAUGUACAUAUACAUAGUUGCAUCUAGACUGUAUUUAUGUCAGACAUAAUCAUGUAGAGCCCUAAUGUAUAUCACAAACCAAAC